ACUGAAAAAGCGUGAGAACCGUGAGAACUGAGAAGAUAAGUGUGUUUGAAUCGGUUUAGAUGUCCUAAGUGGUUUUCAUCACUUUUGCGAAAGGUUUCAGGUGAAAAAGUAUCCACAGUUUUGUCAAGCUAUGAGUGUGAGUGUCAACUGCUGGUACUGCUCCGAAGACUCACUGGUGCCCGCGCACUCCCAAAACUCGUGGGAGUGCCCCAAGUGCGACCAGUUCAACAGUUUCACCGCGGACGGCGAUGUGACGCCGGCAGCGGCGGCCGCCAGCGCCCAGCCGCGCGCCGUCCGCUACAACGUGGCCGUGAAACCGGCCACGGCGGCCGCGGCACGCUGGCAGCUCUGCCAGCAGUGUAACCUGCAGCAGCAGCUGAAGGCGCGACAGCUGGCAGAGUUCCGACCCGUGCUGGAGCACCGCUGGGAACAGGAGCUGGAAGAGUACUCCUGUCACCUGGAGCGCGUCUACCAGCCGUGCGCACACUGCCAGGCGGUGGUGGCCAGCGCUCUGCGGGAGGCGGACGAGCGGGUCCGGCCCGCCUGGCUGGCCUGGCUGCGGCGCCGACUGCCGGCGACUGGUCGAACGGGUACAGGACAGACACGGAGUGCGGCAGUUACCCGCUCCGCCGCGCUGACGGCGGCCGCUGCGGCGCGGGGGGCGGUGGGCAGACUAUGUUCCACGGUGAGCGCCGCUGUGACGCUGGUACUGCCAGCAGGCCUGCUACUACUACUCCUGCUGCUCUGUAACAACACCCUGUUGGCUCUGUGGCCGGGUCUGGUACCGACGCAGUACCGACCGGUGCUGCUCGAGCUCGAGGAUGUGUUCUCUGAGAGCCGCGCCGCGCUGCUGGUGAUAUGUUUUGGUGUGUGGGUUCUCACUGCCCGGCGAGGUGUGAAUUUACAGACAGUGACGGGGCUGCUGCUCUGGACGGCAGUCUCUGCGACGGAGACGUUAGUCGGGCCGCACAUCACCGCCAGCACUGCUGCACAGCUGCAGACUCUGCUCUUAUCAGCACUACUACUCCUCUCGCUGAAGUCACGAGCCAGCCGUCGGUCUAGUUCAACGGUGACUAAACGACGUCCUUCAUCGGUUUUAGAGUCAGCACCUGCCAGCUCAACUCCUAAGGCGGAGUGUAACGGCACCACUAGCGGUCACAACGGCCCCAUCUCCAACGGGCACGGACCUCCGGCCUCCUCUGACGACAACCUCCCCUCCCCUAUCACGGCCCAGCAGUCCGCUCAGGCCGAUUACGACUACAACCUGCCUCGGCUGAGCCUGGGCUCACCGCGCCGGCCGGCCGGCUCCGGAGGGGUUUUCGCUCUGCGGACCUACCGGCCGGGCUCCGGUGGCUCGCUGUUUGCGGACCGCCGGCAGACGCCGCUGCUCAGCCCGGCCCGGCUGCGUUCCGAAGUGCACCACUCCUCGUGGAUCGCUGGAGGUUACUGGCAGCGUGGCCAGGCGCCUCCGCCGGCCGCUGGACCUCAGAUCGCGUCGCGAUCGUCUAGCCAGUCGAGUGGGUUCGUGGACGCGUGUGGGCCGGCCCCGUCGCCUCCGCCAGCCGCUGGGUCGGUGCACGGCGAGGACGAGCCUGCCGCUUGGGCUGGCUCUCAGUGUGACGCGCCGAGCUGCGCGGGCGAUACCUGGCUGCACGCGCCCAGCUGCGUGGGCUCGCAGCGCUCCGACUGGCGCAGCUGCGCGGGAGAGUGGCGCGGCCGCCCGCCGCCCGACCAGGGCGCGCACCUCCGCCGCGGCCCGGCCGCCGCGCUGGACUCGAGCAGUCUCCUGAGUGACCGGUCAGUGACCUCACACCGGACAGCCACCAGUGGGAUGUCAGAGGUGGUCGUCACACACCGCAGUCUACUCAUAGCGCUACUCCUGGGCUUCAGCAUGGCCUUCAACAUGUUCGCAGUGCUACUGCUGUUCUACAAGGACCGACUUUGAUAUCUUGCAGCGACCUGUCGUAAGUGCUCACCCGGCCCCGGGGCUUCUCAUAGUCCGAGGUAACGCUAUACUGCGAUAUCAAACUCAUAUGCGAUGUAAGUGGCGUAAAGAUGUUCUUUCUCGGUGAGACGUGCGGGUUUUGGUUGAUGAGUGUCUUGCAAGCGUCUUAUCAGCAUUGAUGUCCCCAGCGUAUUGAUAUGCUCUUUGGCACGUCAGCCACUGUGUGAUUGGUCACGCUAGCAACGUCAUACCGUUUGGACGCAGAAGUGUGCAAGACUCCACGCCAACGUUGACGCGAAAACUCGUGCCGUGUGAUGUUUCAUGUGCCGUAUUACCUACCGGGCCCCGUGACUGUUGGCUGUUACGUACUCCCGCGGCGUCCCUAACGCUGUUUUGUGUCUCAUCGUAUCGACAAUGUGCAAAUUUGAGCCCUGCGGACUGCCGCAUCACUGCCAGAAGCAAGAGGUUAGACCUUAGUUUGUGACACUAUCGAGCCAUGAGGACCUGAGCAGGAUGUGUUUCAACGAGGCGUGCAUCGCCUACCGAGCUUGCUGGGAUGGAUGCCGGCGUAGUAAUGGCGAGAACUGUGGAACACGUCGGUUUUUUCGAGAGCGUAACGUUAGUAUGUUUGAUGCAAUGUCCUACCGGCAACCGAUGUUUGUGAGCUCGUUUUGGCGAUGUGACCGGCUGCUAUUUUUGAUACUAGUCGGAAUCAUGGACAGCUAGCAACAGUGCAAAUGACAAUACAUGAUUCAGGCUCGAAAGUCGAAACCCUA